AUGGCUUGGUUGGUUUGGUUUACGGGAUUAGCCGUUUUGUCUGCAGUUCAGCCAUAUAAAAUAUUAGUACCCGUUAUCUUACCCGGAAAAAGUCAUGGUAUCUUGGGUGAAGGAUUGGUCCGACACUUACUUAAUGGAGGUCACGAGGUAACAUACAUCACUCCAUAUCCACCAAAGCCGCAGAAAAAUUUGACAGUCAUCGAUGUUAGCGAAAACAUAAAAGGGAUAACUGGUUUGUGCGAUGUAAAAAAAAUGAUGGAUGGUGAGACAGAACUUCAAUCUUUGUACAUACUCAUGGAUAUAUUGGUGGAAAUAGGCAGAAUCACCUACAAAAGUGAUGUGAUGCAAAAGUUUCUUAGUGAUCAUACCCAGAAAUUCGACCUUAUUAUAGCAGAGUGGGUCUUCCAUGACUUAAACGCUGGAAUCUCAGCGGUAUACGAUUGUCCGUUCAUUUGGUUAUCGUCUUUAGAACCUCAUUGGAUGGCUUUGAGACUUAUUGACGAAAUGCCGAAUCCUGCGUAUGUCUCCCAUUUAUCGUCAAAUAAUGCUCCGCCCUUCAAUUUCUGGCAACGACUUGAGGAGCUAGGAAAUCAAGUAUAUGGAUCUUGGCUGCAUUACUUUUACAUAGCACCAAGAGAAAAUAAAAUAUACGAACAAUACCUUGUUCCCCACGUAAAAAGCCGAAACAAGCCUGUACCGAGUCUAAAUGAAUUGAGUUAUAACGCAUCCUUGAUGUUUGGAAAUUCGCACGUGUCCCUCGGUGAGGCAACAAGACUGCCUCAGAACUAUAUACCUAUCGGUGGAUAUCAUAUUGAAACGGAUGUCAAGCCAUUGCCAGAUGACUUAAAAAAAGUUAUGGACAAUGCGAAACACGGUGUGAUAUACUUUAGCUUGGGAUCCAAUUUGAGAAGUCAAGACCUUCCUGAGGCUGUAACGAGAGAAAUUCUUCAAAUGUUUGGUGAAUUGAAGCAGACUGUCAUAUGGAAGUUUGAGACAGACUUACCAAACAAGCCUAAAAACGUACACAUUGUACACUGGGCGCCGCAGCAAAGUAUUCUUGCUCAUCCAAAAACCCUCUUCUUCAUCUCUCACGGGGGUUUAUUAUCGACAACUGAGUCAGUUCAUUUUGGAGUCCCAAUGAUUACAAUCCCAGUCAUGGUCGAUCAGUUUGCGAAUGCUGAGAGAGUGGUUAGAAAGGGCUUUGCUAUUAAAGUGAACCUUUCUUAUACAAUGGUGAAGGAUAUACGAAAUGCUAUAAAGGCAAUGCUUGCUGAUCCUACAUAUACAAAGACAGCAAAAUCGCUGUCAUUCGUCUAUCACCAUAGACCUUUAUCGCCUGGGGAAGAAAUCCGCCAUUGGGUGGAUCACGUAGUUAAGACUAAUGGCGCAAUGCAUCUGAGAUCUCCGGCACUUAACGUGCACUGGUACCAAAAGCUUUACAUCGACCUACUUGCUGUUAUCCUAGUAUCUCUCGCUGUUUUGAUUGGUUUGGCUAAGAAAUAUACAGCAGGAGAUAAAAAUAAAAGUGAAAGAAAUAAAAAGUAUAACUAA